AUGAAGGAUGUUCCAAAGUUUACAAGCAAUGUCAACAUAUCUAUCCCAUAUACUCUUAACACAGAGAGCAAUACUUUCGGCUCUCCGACAUCACAAUCUCCGAAAAUGCCUUCAUUUUCAAUCAAUUUAAGUAGUGAUGAUGGCGGAUCAAGUUCCCGUCCUAUUGGAUCAAAGAAAGCAAAACUCAAAAGGAAGGCUACGGAAGAAAGUGCAACAAGCAGGGAUAAAAAUCAUGAGAUGAUUGAAUUACGAAUGAAAAAUGAAGAAAGAAAGUUAGCUUUAAAAGAAGUAAAAGAGGAAAAUAAAAUAUUGCUAAAAAACUUAGCUUCUAUCGGUGAUAUUAAUACUCGUGAGUACAUUCGUUCUGAACAAGAAAGAAUCAUACGUAAAAGACGUCAAGAACAACAAGAACAACCAUCUUCGGUUACAAAAAACUUGUUUGGAUUUGAAGAUUUUGGAGCUUCCGGGGGAGAUUUACCAGAUUAUUAG